AUGAAGCUUCCGUACUGCUCCUUUGGGUUAGCCCGGUUCUUGCUUUCUGUCUCUCCAGCAUUCUCGCUCUGUGUCGUGGGAAACAUCAAGAAGACUCAAUUUGCCCACAUGCGGGACUCCAGACGGCGGGCGCUCAACUGUGGCCGCAGUUGUCUUUUCCUCACCGCCCUGGCCAUCUUCGCUUGGUGUCAGGUCACGUUCUUCCUGUCCUUCUCGUUCGCUUUUGCGGCGCCCAGCAGCGGAAAACACCCGGUUGUUGCCAUUCGUUCAUCAGAAAACGGGAACGACCGCCGUACAGAUUCUUCACUGGUUCAGAUCGCGGCGGCGCAGUCUCAAACCAGUCUGGUCUCCACUCGUGCGUCAGUUCGCGUUUUGCAGCCUCCAACGGAUGAGUCGUGGGUGUGUCGUAUCUCGGUACACGGUGGGCCGUGUGCGGGCAACUCAUCAAUCUCUGAGCUGGGAGCCUGGCGCUUCUGCCCGCCGGGAAGUUGUUGCAGCAAGUCAAAGUGCGGCUCCGCAGGUUGUGGACUAGGUUAUUGCGAGGGCUGGGGUAACCCGUUGUGCUGGAUCAAGUACGAUGAGUACGGCGACAGGUGCGGCUGCGAGGCGUACAAAAACCGGUGUUCGCCAGACGGCGAAUGUCUGGAGUAUGCUGUUGCCGAAGGCGGUGCGUAUUGCGCCUGCAAGGACGGUUACGUGGGAGAUGGGAAAGUGUGUGAGUAUGACCCAUGCAGCGCUAAUCCUUGCACUCCGGGAAGCUGUCGACGAAGUGGAAGUACGUACUCGUGCUCCUGCCCGAACACAUACGUUGUGACUCAGUCGAAUGGUGGAGAGCGUUGUGAAGUCAAGAAGAAUUAUUGCCUCGGAGAACCUUGUGGCCCGAAAGGAGUUGCCGCUGACUGCGUCAGUUUCGAUACUGGGGACUACGAAUGCAUUUGUGAGACUUCAUACGUGUCCAAUGGCAAGAGUUGCAUCAAGUAUAAUCCUUGUGAUUCUGAUCCCUGUGGUAACGCUGACGCCGUUAAAUCGUGCACCCAUGUGGACGGUGAUGAAUAUCAGUGUGAGUGCCACGAAGGCUACAACUUAACGCGGGAUUCAGAUGGGAAUAUGGUAUGUGAAAAAGACACGUGUUACGGUAACCCUUGUGGUCUCCCCUACCUUGUCGCAUCCUGCGCUCCUCGGGAACCUGAUGCAACAAGUUCAGCGACCUACACGUGCUUGUGUUCUUCUACUGGCGUACUCCAUGUUGAUCCUGACACCGGCGUUCAAUCAUGUGUUCAAGGAGAUCCGUGCUCUAAAGAUCCGUGUGGCUCGUCUGUUGUUGCUGAAUCCUGCGUAAACGAGGGCGAUACCUACAAGUGUGUGUGCAGAGCGGGUUACUCAGUCGUGGAGCACGACGGCAGAAAAGAAUGCAAGAAAGGCGACCCUUGUGAAUUGAAGGCAUGCGGGGAAGAUCAUCUGGUUGCGAGCUGUUCCACAGACUCCAAAUCAUAUGCGUGCGACUGCUCAUCAGCUGCUAUUAAGGGGCUCAACGAGGGAAAAAAGCCGGUUUGUGUGAGUCGAGAAGAGUGUGAAAAUGCCUGUGGACCUCUUGAAGGUGUCAAGCAGUGCAAUCAGAAGCUGGGAAAGCUAGAGUGUGUAUGUGACACAGGAUACGUCCUAGCCUCAGAGAACGGAGUAAACAAGUGCGUAAAGGGGGACGCAUGUCUGGCGCAGCCAUGCGGAUCGGCAGCGGCAACGCAGUCAUGCACUGCGCGGGACAAUAGUUACUCCUGUUCAUGCAAUGAAGGCUAUGAACUUCGGACGCGAUCAGACGGCACGCAGGUGUGUGCUAGCCCCGGUGAUUGCACUGGUUCUCCUUGUGGACCAAGCACAAACAUCGGUGUUUGCUCGCCGGGGACUGACAGGUACACAUGUUCGUGUGUCUCACCGUACGAGUUACAGGAAACGGCUGACGGGAGACCAACGUGCGUGUCGGCUGAUGUUUACACAACAACAUCGACUCAAAGCGUAGAUGAUCACAGCGAGAGUGAGUCCAGUUCAUCCUAUACUGGACUGGCAACUGGAGCCGUGGUUAUGGUUAUCGCCCUGGGUGCUGCGUUGUGGUUCUCGAAUUCUCAGGAAGAGCAGCCUAUGGGGUCAGAUGCGAUGGGGGGAAUGGGUGAUCCAAUGCAACCUGCUGGAAUGGGUCCAAUGGGACCUGGAGGUCCUAUUGGUCCUUGUGGACCUGGAGGUCCUAUUGGUCCUCGUCAAUCUUAUUCGGGGAACCCAUCACCGUCAAUGUGGGCUUAA